AUCAGCGUGAUAGGUCUGCCGGAGAGCUCGCACUUCACGGCGCCGCUGCCGCCCCACAAGCAGAAGAUCUGGCUGGCUGCUCGCUCCUCUGGGGCCGCCCCCACCUACUUCAGCUCGCUGGACCAGUACGUCGACGGUGGGAUGAUCGCCAACAACCCGACGCUGGAUCUCCUGACGGAAAUCGAGGAGUGGAACGUCGCCGUGCGCAGCAAGGGGCGGCACAACGACGUCUUCGUCCCAACCGUCGUUGUGUCCCUGGGGUGUGGCAAGGCGCCCCUCGUCAAGGUCGAGAAUAUCGACGUGGUGAUACCGAGUCUGCUGGACAUGCGGAGGGGACUGCAGGCUGUGUACAACCUCUUCAACCUGCUGGUGGACUCAGCCUGUCCCUCCCAGGGCCGCGUCGUGGACCGAGCCCGCGCGUGGUGCUCAGCGCUGCACGUGCCCUUCGUGCGACUCAACCCGCAGCUGUCGGCGGACAUCGCCCUGGACGAAAGCAGCGACAAGAAGCUCCUGAGGAUCAUGUGGGAGGCGCGCGCUGAAAUGCGCCGCAACACCAAGAUCGUCAACCAUCUCAAGUACCUCCUCAUCCCCCCUGGGGAGGAGGAUAGUGUCCCCAGAGGGAGUGGGAGUGGCGAGACGGUAGAUGGGAGUGGUCUGAUUGACGUGGAGCAAACACUUUCUGGGGACAUGGAUAGAGGGAAUUCCCUGCUCACCCCGGCGGGGGGGAAUGAAGAACAAAAGAAAAGCGGACGAUUUUCUGGAUGGAGUUCCACGGAAAUGGGGCGUCCGGGGAAGAUUGAUAUCGGCUUCGGUGACAUCAGCAAAGAGAAGAGAAAAAGAGGCUCCUCUCUGAAAGACAUAAUAUCGAGUGUGCCUGAGUCCCCUAUCAAAGGGCUGCUCAAUAGAGGCGCCCAUCAUCUUUCCCUCAAGAAGAACAAAAUCCUCACGAACAACCAGGGCGGCAGCGGUGGGGACGGCAGCAGCCUCCCCAGUAGUGGGUCGAGCAGGGACGUGUCUUCUUCUCCUGUUGGUGGGACGCCCCUAACGAAUGACCCGUCCUACAGUCGGGAAACGUCCCCGUUCACGCGGGACGAAGGCUUGUCCCGUAUCGAAGGGUCCCCAGUGAGCGAAGUGCCCAUUUCCCCGCUGUCGCCACCCACCGAGGCUCAGGCCAACGAUGAUCGUUAUGGUCAUCCGUCACAACGGUCGCCGUCCAAUGAAAGAUUCUGCUUAUCGCUAGACGACAAAUACGAUAAACACUCUGAUUUGAAUUUAACACUACCUAGCAGAACCGCUGGCAAUAAAGCAGCACCUUCCACCGAGAUCCCCCCGCUAUCGAUGCCGAGUUUAUCAGAGUUGCUGGCUCGGUCUGGAGUGGAUCCAUCGUCUCUGGGCCAGGGUAUGACAGACGUGUACAUGUCAUCCCGAAAUCAACUGCAGGACGUUGGUGGUGUUUGUCAAUCCGACGCGUCAUUUAGAGCGUCAAGCAGCAGCACCGGUUUGCCGUAUCCCUUGUCGGAUCCUCCUGGCUACCCGUACAUUGUAAACGCCUUUGAUCCGGACUCGGAGUCAAUCCUGCCUGUAAAUCCCCUCAAUCCAAUCUUCACGGUGGAUUCGGCAGAGAAUGACCGCAGUUCAGAAGAAAAGAACUUCUCUUCAGGGCUUGGUUUCUGCCCCGAUUCUCCAGCGUCCGUGAGGAGCGCUACUUCGGUUCCUGAAGACGACCGCACCGCCGACGUGUACAGCAGUGAUGAUUCAAUCGCUGCUCGAGCUGGGAGCAGACUUUCCGACUCAGGUCUCUACGCCGACAAUUAUUUCGAUGCCCUCGAGACGACGGCCAUGCCACAGCAUGUGCGUGUCGCCAUCGUGGACCUCAACGACAAGGUCACCAAAGAGAAACCUGUUAUCGUGAACCUGAGAUCUGAGAAGCCUGGCCCCUCUUGUCCCAACGCAGUGUCCGGCCCCAACAGCCCCGGCUUAAUUUCCAUGAGCCAGAAACCUGUAGAACCUGCAGUAAGUUCCCCUGAAUUGUCAAUGUGUCCAAUUCCAAAAGCUCCUUCUGUCUUGCCGCUCUGUCAUAGCGACGAUACCAAGCAUUUGUUUUCUCCAAACUUGCAGUUGGUUCCCGACUCAUUAUUCACAAAGUCCAGCACAGGCGAUGAAGUUUCUCGUGUGCCAACCGCUCGAUCUGCUUCAGCCCCCGCGAUUCCAGUUAUGAAGACGACAGGAGGAAAUAACAGCAAAUCAUUACGUGGAGCUGCAGGGGAAGAUAAUAUCCCCGGGGAUGUUUCCGCAGACGACCACAACCUACCCUCCUAUAGCUGGGCACUUCGCAACGCCUAAACUUUCCAGAAAAGGAGACCUUGCUUUCUAAUUCUAAUGAACUUUUCCAUCUUGUUACUCGACUUGAGAUGUCCAAUAAACAUAGGACCCUAUCCUAUGACCCAGCCAGGUAACAGGUACUCCAUUCAGGACAACACAUCCUUGUUCAAUACCUUUGAACAUGAAAGGUAAUACAAAUACCUUUCACAAAUGUUAACGAAGGUAUUUUCUUCCAUCUGCCGUCUUCAAUUCACUUGUGUCACCCAUCCAGCAAUCCGUGAAUUUAUAUCUCACCCUCCUAGGAUAAUUUAUUUCCCAUUUUGGAAUCUAUGAGGAGGAGAAAUUUCUCAAUAUUUGUCCAGAUUACAGUUUCAUGUCACGAGACGAAUGAAUGUGAUUAGUGAAAUUGUAAUACAGAGUAUCUUUAACAAAUUAACAGACGCUCCACAAAAUUUUUAAAAUUAUUCUAUUUCUAUAUUUUUUAUUAAUUCAUCGUGAUGAUAAUUAACGUGAAUAUUUGGACUACACAUGGCAGUCGGAUCUCCUGACCCCCCUUUAGAGAAAGGUUUAUCCUGAUUGCAAAAAAUCAUGUUUAACGAAUAUGGCUGUUAAUAUGGAUAAGGAUACUUAACUAUGAUGGUUGCUGAUUAUACUGCAGCUUUGUUCUCGCAGUCUCGUCUAAGAUAGUUAGUAUCAAAACUGCUUCAGACCAUUUCGGUAUCUUCACCAGCAGCACCUGUCCUCUCUAUUAAAGCACCGAGAAACGAGGCUUUUAAGAAACUGAUGUUUCAAAUUUUUAUUAGCAUUUAUUAUGUCAAUACCGUGCCAUGUUUUUUUCGUAGAACGUUUUGCCAUUUCAUUUCGGGAUUUUUCUCUUCUCAUGAACUAUUCCCGGAUGAAUGACGUUAGUUAAUUUUUUUAAGUUGUCGUAUCUGUAUAACGACUCGGUCAUUUUAAAAUCAUCCAGAAAGUGAAAAAAGUAACAGUGUCCGACCGUUUGGCUGGCCACUGAUUACUCAGCCAGAUUUGUUCACUAAAAGAGCAUCAAUGUACGGACGCUUAUCUCCAAUAUCUGGGGCCGUAUUAUCAAAACUUCGU